AGAACAGUGGCGCUCAUGUGUGGCGCCGUGACGAUCAUACUGUGACAAGAACCAAAGGUCGAGUACUAGCGAGAGAAGGUGUUUGUCAGAGCACCUAAGCUGUACCAAUGUCGAUGUCCUUUCGCGCGCCGCCGGGACAGAAGAACGGGAACCCGGCGUUGUUGCACUUGGAUCGCGUUCUCUUUCUGGAUGUGGAUGGCGUACUGCAUCCAGCCUAUCAUUUGUAAAAACGUCCCCACCCCAGAGUCAAGAUGAGGAUUUCGCAACACAAACCUGAAAGUUUUGGGAGCCACGCAUGACAAGUUGCAGGCUGUAGUGUAAUGCAGUUUGGCAAGGGAAGCCGCAUAACAAAUCCAUCUCCUUAUCCUGUUCACAGCAUUACAAGUUCCAAAACACGAUGGGAAAUGCCUCUCAUGGCGAUGCGCAUUACAAAUGCUCUUGUGCUUGCAGAUCUGCAUCACAACUCUGGGGUGGGGAUUUUUUUGCACAGGAUACAGCCUACGUGCAGUUCGCGCGGCAGCAGUUUCGGCCGCAGAACAUGCGGCUGCUGCGGGGAAUGGUAACUGACUUCUUAUCCAACUACAACUUUCAGUCUGGUGAGCAAUUGUAAAAAUACCUUUCUUGUUCGGUUGCCUCCGCCUGCCGGGAAACAAUCCAGAGCUGCUUCUUCGGUUGCAGCUGUCGGUGUUACUCAUGCGUAGGGGACCUGAGCAUGACAAAGACAAACUGCGUUUCUAUCUCAGGUUGAAGCCGGGAAGUUGACCAUCGUGCUCAGCUCUAGCUGGCGGCUAAACAUGGACGCGAAGAACCACUUACGCAAAGUGUUCGAGUACUACCGCGUACCCUUUUGGGUGUCUCAGACCCCGAGCAUUGGCAUGUACGCCCGAGCGCGGGAAAUUCUCACCUGGGUCAGCAAGUACCAGCCAAAAGCCUGGGUGGCUGUGGAUGACUGGGCGCUAUUGAUGGAGAGCCGGACCUUGCAGGGUAUGUGAAUGUGAAUGUGUUAUACAACUUUUCGUAAUAAAAGUAAAGGAGGGAGUUGUUACUUAUCCUCGUCCUCGUUCAACACCAGCGUUUGGUGCAGUAGCAUUUUACUACCCUUUUCCAGGUCACUUCCUGCAAACGAAUCCCAAGACGGGUAUUACACCGGCCAACGUGGAGACGAUUUUGCGUUUGUUCGAGGCGCAGGCGGCGGCGGCCGUGCCCUCGCCGGUGCCAGAACACCCGCCACGGAAAUUCUUGCGCGACUUAGACGGUAUUCCUGAAAUCGGCGGGGAAGGUGACUCUGCAGCCGGAGAUCAUGGAACGCAGCAGCGGAAAAGCCGAGGUACUAGGGGCUUUUUUGAAAUGUACCAAGGGAUGGUAGUAACAUGCGAGAUGAAGAAUUGCACGAGUUGUAACGACGUUUCUCUAAGUUGACACGCUCGUGCCUUCUUGAAUGUAGUUCAGUGUCAAUGAAAGCAAUUUAUUCCACAGCGACUAUCGAGCGAGAGCACAACGACUGGUUGAAUAUGACACUGGAAGAUGCAGCUGUGACUGGCACUGGACUUUAUGGCAGACGGUCCACCACUCCGAACGGCCCUGCCAGUGCACGAACCAUUUCCGCCCCCCACGCAAACAGCAGCACCGGCGCUCCACCAGGCUCCAUAACCGGAGAGCAAAUCUCACCUGCCGGUGCUCAGUCGCACUUACUAACGCCGAACACGCUUGGGGAGAAGGAAAGACAAGCACAGCAGCAACAGCAACCUGGUUUUCCCCAGAAUUUGAUGAAGAGCGCGGAAAAAAUGAAGAAAACCGACGAAGAGCGUCUGCCGAGCCGGCUGCGGGCGCGAGGGACGUCGAGUCACAACGACGCAGGCGAGUCACAACAGAAUCCGCAACAGCUAAACGAGCAGUCUUCGAUGCUUCUUGCGCACGCGGACGAUAACGCCACCAGUUCCUCCUCCUCUCGUGGUGGCUCGAAGCAGUCCACUGGACCAGAAUCAAAGCCGCUGCGAAAAGAGGAUCUGACGAUAAAAUCCGUGAAAAGGCACGAGGAACCAAAGGACUGGCCAAGCAGACAGCCGCAGAUGGUCCUCUUGCAAGACGAACACGGAAAAGUGUCGUUCGCGAAAAAUCCGAAACUCACUUCCUCAAACAGUGCGACCGCGAGCUCGCGGGCCAACUUGCAGGGGGCGAACAGUGCACCUGCUGCGAAAGGUGGUGGCAGAGGACAUCAUGCAAUGAACCACAGUCAACUGCACGGUGGAAGUAGUAGUGCCACUUCUGGUUCUGCAACAGCAGCAGCGCAGGCGACCCAUAAGCCGAACCCGUACGAGGAAGACAUUUCCGAGCCCAUCAGUUUCCCUCCCAACAAGUCGUGGUACGUGACGCGCAAUUACAACUCGACGCGGCAGUUGUCAACCGCGAGUUCUAUCGACAACAAAAACUUGCCCCCAGCGGCGAGACUUUCCAAUCUCGUGCAGCAAGAAACUCGGCUGAAGCGACAAUCAAAUUCGCAAUUGAUCGCCCGCCGGGGCAGCGGCAUCGGCAGCGGGCCGGGAGGCGGGAUGAAACAUUCGGUGCGGGCGGCGUCGGCGUCCAACUACCCCGAAAGAAUGAAGAAAAUCGCAGCGGGGAUCGGACUUUUUGCUGCCAGGUAUAACAAGGGAGAAGAGUUGUGGACGAAAAUAUUAAUUGAAAAGCAUUUGUGUCUGGUGGUUUGACUUGCGGAGUUCUUGAUAGAUACUUCCAUCAUUUACGAUUGAGAAACGACAAGCGCAAAAUGAAUCAAUACCACAGAGAACUCGUCUCUACCAGUUCGAUACCGCAGCGGCCGAGAUCUACGGGUAGGUGACACCGAAUGUGGCUUCGGCAGCGGAAGAAAAGUGUAUGAUGCAAGGAAAGAAGAACAGAACCAGAAUUUACAGAACUGAAGUCAAAUAAGUACCUAAACCUAAACCGAACCGAUUGAAUUUACUGUAAGAUGAUGCAAAAGUGAAGAUGCAAAAUAUGGUAGCACGACGUGGAAGCCUAGCAGCCACGUCUUUGUAUGCGGUACGCGAUUCUGCAGAAAGAUAUCAUUUUUUCACUUUUUUAAAGAAGCUAUGGAAAGUACUUUAUGUACGUGAAGAAAAA